AUGGCAACUACAGAUGCUGCUAACUUUUAUUAUAACUUCUCCAUCAUUGAUCCCAACGAAAACGGAAGUGAGAAUUUUCACACAUUUACAAGAGUCUUCCUGCCCUGUAUGUAUUCGGCUGUUUUCAUCCUUGGGCUAGCAGGAAAUGCGCUGGUCUUUGUCAUACUAGUUUUCUAUGAGAAACUGAAGAUGCUGACAGAUAUAUUUUUGCUGAACUUGGCUAUAGCUGACUGGGUCUUCCUUUGGACACUGCCAUUCUGGGCAUAUUCUGCUGCUCAGGAGUGGACUUUUGGCACCGUGGCAUGUCGUAUUAUACGGGGCUUGUAUACUCUGAACUUGUACACUUCAAUGUUAACUCUGACGUCUAUCACCUUUGACAGGCUCAUUGCUAUUACUUUUGCCACCAAAGCACAUAUGUGUCAAACCAAACGAAUGACACGGGGCAAAUUAAUCUGUGUCUUGAUCUGGGUGAUCUCACUAGCAUUUGCCAUACCUCAGUUUAUUUUUAGUGAGGUGUUUAGUAUUGAUAAGGCAAUAUGUCAGGAAGAAUACUCAAACCAUCGCACAGAACUGGUUCUUGAAGUGAUCCAAGUGACCCUGGGCUAUUUUAUUCCCGUGCUAGCCAUGAUCAUCUGCUACUCACUAAUUAUUAGAACCUUACUGCACGCCAGGAGUUUUCAAAAGAACAAAUCUCUAAAAAAAAUAUUUUCUGUAGUUGCCGUAUUUAUUCUUACUCAGUCACCCUAUACUUUCUUGAGACUGAUAAAGAUCAUAGACUGGAGCUUUAACUUGAACAGCAGCUUUGAAUAUGCAAUCAUCGUAACAGAAGCUCUUGCUUAUUUCCAUGGCUGUCUUAACCCUGUUCUGUAUUUCUUCAUGGGGGUGAAAUUCAGGAGGAACUUACAGAAAAUUAUUAAAAACUCAAGAUGCAUCAAACGGCAAGUUACGGCUAAACAGUGGCAAACCACUGAAGAGGAAGGCUCUAAAACUUUUACUGCCUCAAAUAAUGCAGAUGCAACAAGCAUGUACCCGCUAUAAAACUGCCUAGAAAAUCUGGUAACUAUUUACAGCUUUUUUUUUU